GCAGCUUAAAAUAUACCCCUUAACCCUCGAUGGAGACACAAUGUGAGGAUGUUGCUCCGUACGGACGUAUUCAGCCCAUUUACGUUGAUGUGUUCGUCAGUCGAGUUCUAUUGGUUUGUGUGAGUGGUGGGAGGAUGUUCGGCCACAAGACUCAACAUAUGAAGUGGAAGGAGCUCCCGGACUCCAGUCCCAGAGAAACGCCAGAGGUUUGGCGUGAAGCCGCGCUGGUUGUUGCUGUUUUGUGAGUUGCUGAUCAGAUAGGAAAGAGUUCCUGCUGUGACCCUCCCCUUCGCUCAGUCGGGUCGGGCGCUAUCUGAAAUUCCAUCGCGUCGGCUGCCGACUGGAAAGGACCGAUGCGUCUGUAUAAUAUGUCGACGAACUUGCUGUUAGUUCCAAUAGCGGAGUCAUGCGAUAAUGUGAUGAACAGGGACAUUAAGAUUGCAGUGUUAGGAUCAAGCACUGUUGGGAAAACAGCGUUAAUUGUUCGGUUCUUAACAAAGAGGUUUAUUGGGGAUUAUGAAGCAAAUACAGGAAAUCUUUAUUCAAGACUAGUUCAUAUUGAAGGAGAACAGCUUUCACUGCAAGUGCAAGACACACCUUGUGUUCAGGUUCAAGGAGAAUGUGCACGUUUUCCUGACCUUGUCUCCAGGUGUAUUCACUGGGCUGAGGGCUUCAUCUUGGUGUAUUCAAUAACAGACUACAAUAGCUAUAAACUGAUUCGUCCCCUGUACCAGAAUAUCCGCAAAAUGUACCCUGAUACGAAGGUCCCUGUGAUCAUUGUUGCCAACAAAAGUGACCUACUGCAUGCCAGACAAGUUCAGACCAAUGAUGGCAUCCAAUUAGCAAAUGAACUUGGUACAACAUUCUUAGAAAUCUCCACCAGAGAAAACUAUGAGGAUGUGUAUGAUGUUUUUCAGCAUGUCUACAAAGAAGUGAGCAAACUACAUAUGAACAAUAAUGGAGAAAAACGAAGAGGAUCAAUUAUUCCACGACCAAAGUCACCAAACAUGCAAGAUUUAAAACGACGCUUCAAACAGGCUCUUUCUUCCAAAGUGAAAUCUGGUGCCACUUUAUGAAGUUGACAUUAACAUGAUCAAACCCAAUGGAUAACAAACAGAAUUGCACUUUGUUAGUUGGACUUUUGUAAAUAGUGCCUUUUACCUCCAGCAAGAUUAUAAAAGUGGCUUUAAAUGAUGAUAGAGUGAUGUGGAUUUUUGUAGUGAUUGAUUACGGGGCAGGGUUUACUUGAGGAAAGGUGAAUAUCUCUUUACUUCCCAAAGCUGAUAUAAUUCCUAUUACUAACAAUGUAGCUAUUCAUUGUUUGUGAAUAACUUGUGAUGAAAAUGGUAAGAAUAGCAGAAUAACAUUUCCAAUUUUGCCAAUAAUUACUUUUUAGAGGAUGUAAUAGAGAGGCUUCAUUGUACAGCACUGAGUCUUGCAGCGAAUUGUGAAGGGAGCAGUCAUUUCUGAAAAUACAGUCUGGACUUGGGAGAAUUGUACAGUCAUAAAGAAACUUAAAACAGCUAAAGGUUAAAGAAGACUGGAGUGUAAUUAAGGCAGGUUAUAUAGGAUUCGGGCACCUAGUUAGGGUGCAAGAGGUCACAAAAGUCUCCCUGUUGACUUUAUGAAAUUGUAGUUAGUCACUGGAAUUUUAUGAUUGUUUACAAGAUAAUUUGUGGAUUCUAUUUGAGAAAACGCAAUUUUUUGUCAAUUCCAGUUUAAAGAUUUUGAAGAAAAAUAUUCAAAACAUUACAGCCAAACAUUUAUGUGUAAUGAGUUUGUAAGUAUCCUACAUUUUACUGAUUGCACCACAACACUAUGCUUGCUGGAGAGAAUACAUUUUACUGUAUUUUAUACAAACGGUGAUUAGUUAUUCUUGUGACUAAAUAGAAAAUGUGUUCAUUUCUAUAUUAUAUAAAGAUGUUUGUACUAAGUUUCUAGAUUUAUUCUUAUACUAAUUAAUGAACAUAUUGGAAUUCAGUAAUUCUCAAGAACUACUGAAAUAUUUUGGAAGAAGUGGAUAAAGUAUUGAUUUUAAUUCUGAUAUGAUUAUAAAAUCAAAACAAUUUACUUAAUGUGUUGCAGUAUAAUUCCAGUAUUUUCUAUUUUGAUAAUUGGUGAAAACUACAAGUUAGGCUACAAGUGAUGUGGCCAUCUCUUGCUGUGCUUGACAUCAGACAGUCACCUUUUUCUUAAAACUGUUCGUCGGAUGGAGAGACUGGACAAGAGGAAUUACUGCAGGACCCUUAACUUGUGGUGUAAAAUAUAUAUACUCAAGUCAAAUGCUUUUGCUUCACAGAUUAACUGAUACAAUUAACGAGCCAUUAAAUGAUUGUAAUGAGUGCCAUGAAAAAUAAAAAAAAAUGAAACA